AUGGGCAAGGACAAAUCCGAGAAGAAAUCCAAGGACAAGAAAGAAAAGAAGGACAAGAAGGAAAAGCGGUCCGAGGUCGACGGUGUGACGAAGGUCAAGAAAGAGAAGAAGGAGAAGAAGCUCAAAGUCAAUGGCGACGUCGCAGACGCGCUAGAGGCGGAGCUCGAGAAGCCGGCCGAGAGCUCGAUUGUGAGGGUUGUCGAGGAAGAUGGCCAGGUGGGACUGAGGAGCAGCGAUAUUCCGCGCGAUGCGCUGGUGCCAUUUGCAUAUCCGCUGGCUGAGGAUGCGAAGGAGGUGAAGAAGAUUCUGAGGACGGUCAAGAAAUCCGCCAAAACGAAAACCCUCCGCCGCGGCGUAAAAGAGGUCGUCAAAGCGCUCCGCAAAUCUGCGGCCACCGCCACACCGUCGGGCGAUAUUUCGAACCCCAACGCCGUCGUUAUCCUCGCCGCCGACAUCUCCCCCAUGGACGUCAUCUCCCACAUCCCCGUCCUCUGCGAAGACCACAACGUCCCGUACAUCUACGUCAAAUCACGCGCAGAACUAGGCGAAGCGAGCGCGACGAAGAGGCCGACCAGUGUUGUUAUGGUGGCUAAGGAGCCGACGAGCAAGAAGAGCAAGGACACCAAGAAGGAGGAUGCGGAUGAAUUUGGAGAGGCGUAUAAGGACUUGGUGAAGUUGGUCGUAGCGGCGAGCAAAACUGUGAGGAAGUGA